UGGGCUGAGAAAAAGCCCUUAGGAUCUUUUGCAGAGACUAAGUCCCAGCUUGUAGAGACUUGAGACUUGGAGUAGUGCAGCGGAAGUGCGGUGAUGCGUUGUUGGGAAGUGAUGACGAGGACAGCAGGUUGUGCAGGUGAACAGCAUGUGUCAUCGCGUCUGGCCACAGUGCGUUGGGCAGCCUCAUCCCCAGAAGCAGUUUUCGCAUCGUCGUCUGCAAGGCAUGUUUAGAAUAUCGCUGUAGACUUUUUCCAUCGGAGCGUAAGUGGGUGCGCUUGGAUUGUGAUGGGCUUGGAAAGGUUGAUGAGGAAGAUCUGCUUCGGGGCAUGUGAAACACCGUGCGCGUGGUCGUCGGAGUUCCUGGCCGUUCGUCGUCAGAAGGGCGUUGCGUUCUAACACCUCUGCUUGGAUUGUUUGAAGUAUCGUGCUGUUUGCAGGAUGUCCGAGACGUUGGUGCCAGAUGUCGUCGGGAGCGCGGUGGCCGGGCGAGCGGUGGUAGAUGUCGGCGUUGGAGAAGAACGCGACGACUGAGGCGGGACUUCGACAAGCUUCUCGUGUGGCGGGCAUAAGUUGGUCUGCUUCCGUUGGCGGUCCUCGUGUUGAUGGUGGUGGUACUCGGCUGGGUCCUGCUGCUGAUACUGCAGGUAUGGUGUUGGAGUGCCAGAAGCCGUCACUGUCGAAGUCGGGGUCAAGAUCCGGCGGGUGAGUCCAGGCGGCGAACGAUACGAUGCCAUCGCUGUCGGCAGUUCCGCGGUCGGGGACGAAGUCCAACACGAAGACACCGGACUUCAGGAGGGCACGACCGAUGAAGAGGCCGCCCUUCCCGUGGUAAAGCCGGAACUCGUUGGAGUAAGAGUCGCACUCCAGGUGAAUCCCCUUGGCCAUUAGUUGGCUUACGCUUAGUAGGUUGUAUCCCAGAUUGUCGACAAUGAGCACCUUGUUGAGUUGAAGUAUGACAUUCGUCUCCAUUGAUUGUAACUGAACCACGCCCUGUCUGUUUGUCUUCAGAUUUUCGUUGUUGGCGACGGUGAUGACGACGUCGCGGUUGAGUCGUUUCUCCUGUUGUACGAAGCGUCCCGAGGAGCACAUGUGUUGACCGCAGCAGCUGUCCAAGAACCAGGUGUUUCGCCCGGUGGGUUCGGCGUUGGCGACCGCAGCGUAUGUCGGGUUGACCUGAAGUCCUUGUGAGCGCGGCGGCGGGAAUUCCUCUUCGUCUGAUGUUGAAGAGCGCCUUGGGGAACUUGCUUGAGUGGAAGCAACUUGUGGGUCUGCUGCUCGGUAAACGCGAGGGCGGUUGCAGUUGACUUUGGAGUGUCCGGAAGUCUGGCAGUUGUGGCAGAACGGCGGCACGAUGAUCCAUCUCCUGUUGUUCAGCGUGAAGCUCGGCGCAGAGGUGCAUCUCCGAGAUCCUUCCGUGGGCGCGAAGAAGCGAUCGUGUGGUUCUCCAUUCUGGUCCGAGCCCGGCGAGGACAAGUGUGACGAAGCUUUCUUCAGUGAUCGUUCCUCCGCACCGAAGCAGGCGGUCGCGCAGGGUCUGGCAGCGACUCAUAUACUGCAUCGCCUUUUCCCCGGUCUUCAUCUGUAUUGUUGUCAGCUGUUGCAUGAGUCUGCUUUGUGUCACGCUGUCGUUUGCUUGGUAGAGGCAUUUGAGAUGAUGCCAUGCGAGUUCCGCGGAGUUUCCAUAACUCCGAUACGUUCUGAUGCUCUGCUGCUCUUGUGGUGACAGGUUCCGCAGGAGGACUGUAUACGCCAGUGUCCUUGUCUGCUGUUGCUGGUCGAAGUGUGACAUGAAGCUGAAGAAUCUCUCCAUGAGAUUCGGGUCCACACUUGAAGAGGGAGACGGAGUCACCAUCUCUGGUACUCUUCCUGUUGUUUCUUGAGCAGUCCCGGUCUCUGUCUGCAAUCCUGAGGUGUGCAGACCAGAGUUGCCGUGUUGAGUUUCUUGGCCGCUGGGUGAGCCCGUAGAGGCUUUCUUGCCCUUGCUGUCCAUGUCUUGUAAUCAAUGAAGUCGUUGAAUUGAGUUGAGUUGCAGUUUGUUGAUGGAGCGUAGUUGCUGGGAGUUUGAUCUCUGACCAGCUCUCAUAC